AUGAAAGCGUCACGUCUUCUCUUUUUCGGCGUCAAUGCCACAGUCACCGCAAGUCCUAUCCAGCAGCUGGGAGAGUCAUCAAAGGCAGCACAAGUCGUGAAACUCUCCAUCGCCCUGCAGCCGGAAUCCCGCCAGCUCCUUGAGCAAACCAUUUACAAUCUUUCCAGUCCUUCUGGCUCACGUUAUGGGCAGUAUCUUGGCCGUGAAGAAGCCAAAGGCUUGCUUCGUCCUCGAAAAUCUUCCACUGAUGCCGUCAAGGGGUGGUUGUCUCAGGCUGGCAUCCGCAGUGGCCAUAUCUUGAGCGAUGGGCAGUUCAUUCAUGUUCAGACCGACGUCGGUAGUAUCGAGGCUCUCUUUGAGGUCAACUAUAAUGCGACACUUGGCUCGCAGACAGUCUCUGUUUCUUCCUUGCCUCUGAGAAUACAGGGCCAUGUGAUGACUGUCCAAUAUGCGCCUUAUUUGACCAGAGUCCGCACCGAUUGGGAGAGGUGCAAGACUGAAAUCACGCCAGCCUGUUUGAAGAAACUGUACCAUGUUGACAGCUAUCAAGCAAAGGGCGAGGAACGAAAUCUUGUCGGUGUAGCUGGCUUUGACGGUCAAGCUAUCCAAUAUCACGAAUUAGGCGAGUUUCUACACGAGCUUGUGCCUCCUCCUGCCGCUUUCAACGUCUCCGUUGCGUUUGUCAAUGGAGGAACCAAUCCUCAGGGAACGAAUUUCCCGUCGAGCGAGGCCAACCAGGAUGUGCAGUAUGCCGUUGGGAUGGCACACAGCGUACCGGUGCGCUUUUAUGCAACUGGUGGCGAGAACCACGACAUCAUCCCCGACUUGGAUUUAACUGAUCCUACCAACGAAUAUCUCGAACCAUACCUCGAAUUCGCAAACCACCUCCUCAACCUCCCCGACGAGCAACUCCCCAGCGUAAUCUCCAUCUCAUACGGCGCCAACGAGCAGCUCUUCCCCAAGCCCUACGCCCAGCAAGUCUGCGACAUGUUUGGCCAGCUCGGCACCCGCGGCGUCUCCAUCAUCGUGUCUUCCGGCGAUUUCGGCCCCGGAAUGUCAUGCCAGUCCAACGACGGCACGGAGACGACAAAGUAUAUUCCUUCCUUCCCGGCGACGUGUCCGUAUGUGACGAGCGUGGGAUCGACAGAGGGAAUUGGGCCUGAAAGGGCGGCGAAUUUCUCAGCGGGCGGGUUUUCUGAUUACUUUGCGCGUCCGGAGUGGCAGGAUGAGGCUGUGGGGGGGUAUCUCGAGUUGUAUGGGAAUGAGUGGAAGGGGUAUUAUAAUGCUGGCGGGAGGGGGUUUCCUGAUGUGGCUGCGCAGGGGGUGAAUUAUCGGUUUUGGAAUCAUGGCAAGGAGGACUUGACGACGGGGACCAGCGUUUCUACGCCGGUAUUCGCUGCUCUCGUUGCAUUGCUCAAUGACCAUCGAGCCGAAAGGGGACUGCCUCGCAUGGGAUUCUUGAAUCCAUGGAUUUACAGCAUUGGCAAUGGAGCAUUCACAGACAUCACCCAAUCCAAAUCAAUCGGAUGCCAAGGGCAAUCCCUCUCCGGCCUUGCAUCGCCCGUGAUUCCCAACGCUGGCUGGAGCGCUGUCAAGGGAUGGGAUCCAGUGACGGGAUGGGGAACGCCGCUGUUUGAUAAGAUGAUGAGCUUGUCUGGUGGAGGUGUUGACGAGGAGAGUCAUUGAAUGAGAGAUGGAUGGUAUAUAAGAGAUGAUGGGAAUGCAUUAAUGGAAUUUGGCAUAGCGAGCGGCCUUUGAAAAAGCGAGUUUACUCAAGGCUAGAUAUCAACAUUUGAUAUGGAGUUGAUAUUCUCCGUUUAAUAAAACAGUUAGAAAUGAUCUAAUAUGUUUGUAGUAGAACGAGUCUCAAUGCGAGCAGAACGCUCGUCAUUCCUGGUCACGUUGUCACAUAAUUCAAUCUGAACAUAAUAGUUUUGCUGUCAUGGCAUCUAUUUCAACCGCCUUCUAACAGAAAAAGAAAAAAAGUGACUCGCAGCUAUGCAUAGCUGCAUUCUAAAAAUACAACAAAUGAUCUAAGUCUUUCUAAAAUAGAAAAAAAAAAAGACAAAAGAAACGGAGUAUAACAAAUGCAGAAGUUCUAAUCAUCGCCCGCACGCUGAUCUCGCGAACAG